UCUCUCUCUCUCUCUCUCUAAAAAUUCCUUGAUCAGAUCAGACUUCAUCCCGUGAGUCCUCCGAUUCUACCCAAAGAAGAUGGAUAACUCAAGCGGCGUCAUGAACGACAAGAUCGACGGCUGGGCAAGCUGGCUGGGCAUGAGCGUCGCCUCUGCCUUCUUCGCAUCGCUCGAGCGCUGCUCCUGCGUUAACCUAUCCACUUCCGAUUCCGACGACGAGAACGAGGAAGAGGCCAAAGAUCGCCCUCUCAUGUUCACCAACUACCAAAUCAAUCAAGAUAACACCAAGAAUCCUUCCUCCGUCAACGAUCUCCCCGUCUGAUCCCUCAAAUCUCCUUCUUUUGGUACAUCCUCUAUGUCAAAUCGAAAAAAAAAAAGUGUCGUGAUUAGUCGUUAGGAAAUGGAAGAAUUCAGGAAAUUGUGUUGUGUUUUUUCUGAUUGCUUGCCUUCUUGAUAUGACUGUCUGUUGUUUGACAGGAAUUUGAAUCUGUUUGUUUUCGUGAUUGCGCCUCUGAAUUGAUUUGUGAUAUAAAGUAUUUUUUUUUGUGGA